AUGAGCACUGAUGCAGAGAUGGCCCAGUAUGGGCCGGCUGCUCCCUAUCUUCGCAAGCCGGAAAAGGAGAGGAUAGAGGCCCAGAAUCGCCCGUUUGAUGCUAAAACUGCCUGCUUCGUCCCAGAUCCCAAAGAACUGUACAUCAAAGCAGUCAUCCAGAGCAAAGACGGUGGCAAAACCACUGUGAAGACAGAGGCUGGAGAGACAGUAACCGUUAAAGAUGAGGACUGUCACCCUAUGAACCCACCCAAGUAUGAUAAGAUAGAGGACAUGGCCAUGAUGACCCACCUUAAUGAGCCCUCUGUGCUGUUUAACCUCAAAGAGCGCUACGCAGCAUGGAUGAUCUAUACCUACUCUGGCCUGUUCUGUGUGACUGUGAAUCCCUAUAAGUGGCUCCCAGUCUACAGUGCUGAGGUGGUAUCUGCCUACAGAGGCAAAAAGCGCAUGGAAGCCCCACCGCAUAUUUUCUCUGUAUCUGAUAAUGCGUAUCAAAAUAUGCUGACUGACCGGGAAAACCAGUCCAUCCUGAUCACUGGAGAAUCUGGUGCAGGCAAGACUGUGAACACCAAGCGUGUCAUCCAGUACUUUGCGACAAUCGCAGUGUCUGGAGACAAAAAGAAAGAGGCAACACCAGGAAAGGUGCAGGGAACGCUGGAAGAUCAAAUCAUUUCAGCAAACCCUCUCCUGGAGGCCUUUGGCAAUGCCAAAACUGUUAGGAACGACAACUCCUCUCGCUUUGGUAAAUUCAUUCGAAUUCAUUUUGGAACCUCUGGAAAACUGGCUUCAGCUGACAUUGAAACAUAUUUGCUGGAGAAGUCAAGGGUGACCUUCCAGCUAGCUGAUGAGAGGAGCUACCACAUAUUUUAUCAGAUCCUGACUGGACACAAGCAAGAGCUAAUUGAUAUGCUUCUUAUUACAACCAACCCGUAUGAUUUCCCCUCAAUUAGCCAGGGCCAGAUCACAGUGGCUAGCAUUAAUGACAAGGAGGAGCUGGAAGCCACAGAUACAGCUAUAGACAUCCUGGGCUUCACUCCUGAAGAAAAGAUGAGCAUCUACAAGCUGACUGGAGCAGUAAUGCAUUAUGGAAACAUGAAGUUUAAGCAGAAGCAGCGUGAAGAGCAGGCUGAACCUGAUGGCACAGAGGUGGCUGAUAAAAUCGCUUACCUGAUGGGCCUGAACUCUGCUGAGUUGCUGAAAGCUCUUUGCUACCCCAGAGUGAAAGUUGGCAAUGAAUAUGUCACCAAAGGACAGACUGUUCAACAGGUUGUCAAUUCAGUUGGGGCAUUGGCUAAAUCUGUCUAUGAGAAGAUGUUCUUGUGGAUGGUCAUUAGAAUUAAUCAGAUGCUGGACACCAAGCAACCUCGGGCUUUCUUCAUUGGAGUGCUUGAUAUUGCUGGUUUUGAGAUCUUUGAUUUCAACAGCCUGGAGCAGUUGUGCAUCAACUUCACCAAUGAGAAACUGCAACAGUUUUUUAAUCACCACAUGUUUGUGCUGGAACAAGAGGAGUACAAAAAAGAGGGAAUUGAAUGGGAGUUUAUAGAUUUUGGAAUGGACCUGGCUGCCUGCAUUGAGCUUAUUGAGAAGCCAAUGGGCAUCUUCUCCAUCCUUGAGGAGGAGUGUAUGUUCCCCAAGGCCACAGACACAUCCUUCAAGAACAAGCUCUAUGAUCAACACCUGGGGAAAAACAAUGCCUUUCAGAAGCCCAAACCUACCAAAGGCAAGGCAGAGGCGCACUUUUCCUUGGUGCACUAUGCUGGCACUGUGGAUUACAAUAUCGCUGGCUGGCUGGACAAGAACAAAGACCCAUUGAAUGAGUCUGUUGUUCAGCUAUACCAAAAGUCUUCAGUCAAGCUGCUGGCUCUCCUAUAUGCCUCCUUUUCAUCCGCAGAAACAGAUGCAAGCAGUGGUGGAGGAGGAAAAAAAGGAGGAAAGAAGAAGGGAGGUUCUUUCCAGACGGUCUCAGCCUUAUUCAGGGAGAAUCUUGGCAAGCUGAUGACCAACUUGAGGAGCACACAUCCUCACUUUGUGCGAUGCCUUAUUCCAAAUGAGGUGAAGACUCCAGGUAUAAUGGAAAACCAUCUGGUCAUCCACCAGCUACGCUGUAAUGGUGUGCUGGAGGGUAUAAGGAUCUGCAGGAAAGGCUUUCCCAGCAGAAUCCUUUAUGCUGACUUCAAGCAGAGGUACAGGGUCCUGAAUGCUAGUGCUAUUCCAGAAAAACAGUUCAUCGAUAGCAAGAAGGCUUCUGAGAAGCUCUUGGGAUCGAUUGAUAUUGAUCACACUCAGUACAAGUUUGGCCAUACAAAGGUAUUUUUCAAAGCGGGCUUGCUGGGGAUGCUAGAGGAGAUGAGAGAUGAAAAGCUGGCUUCUCUAGUGACCUGCACUCAGGCCCUUUGUCGUGGAUACCUCAUGAGAGUGGAAUUUGCAAAGAUGUAUGCUCAGAAGGAUGCUAUUUAUACCAUCCAAUAUAACAUUCGUUCGUUCAUGAAUGUGAAACACUGGCCAUGGAUGAAACUGUUUUUUAAGAUGAAGCCUCUGCUCAAGAGUGCUGAAACGGAGAAAGAGAUGGCUACCAUGAAGGAAGAUUUUAUGAAGUGCAAGGAGGAGCUGGCCAAAGCAGAAGCAAAAAGAAAAGAGCUGGAGGAGAAAAUGGUUUCCCUGCUUCAGGAGAAAAAUGAUCUUGUUUUACAAAUUCAUGCCGAAAGUGAGCAUCUUGCAGAUGCGGAGGAGAGAUGUGAGGGAUUGAUCAAAAGUAAGAUCCAACUAGAAGCCAAGCUGAAGGAGACUGCUGAAAGGCUGGAGGAUGAAGAGGAGAUUAAUGCUGAGCUCACAUCCAAAAAGAGGAAACUGGAGGAUGAAUGUUCUGAGCUGAAGAAGGAUAUUGAUGACCUUGAGCUUACCUUGGCCAAAGUGGAGAAGGAAAAACAUGCAACUGAGAACAAGGUCAAAAACCUCACAGAGGAGAUAUCUAGUCAAGAUGAGAAUAUUGCAAAGUUGACCAAGGAGAAGAAAGCCCUCCAAGAAGCACACCAGCAAAUGCUUGAUGACCUUCAGGCGGAAGAGGACAAAGUCAAUAGCCUGACAAAAGCUAAAACUAAACUUGAACAACAAGUAGAUGAUCUUGAAGGAUCAUUGGAGCAAGAGAAGAAGAUGCGCAUGGACCUUGAGAGGGUCAGGAGAAAACUUGAAGGUGAUUUGAAGUUGACCCAGGAAUCCAUAAUGGACCUAGAGAAUGACAAACAACAGCUGGAGGAGAAACUCAAGAAGAAAGACUUUGAGAUAAGUCAUCUCUUGAGCAAAAUUGAAGAUGAGCAAGCUAUGGGCUCCCAACUUCAAAAGAAGAUAAAAGAACUCCAUGCGCGUACUGAGGAGUUAGAAGAAGAGAUUGAGGCUGAGCGUGCUGUCAGAGCUAAGGUGGAGAAGCAGAGAGCUGAUCUCUCCAGGGAACUCGAGGAGAUCAGUGAGAGGCUGGAAGAAGCUGGUGGAGCCACAGCAGCUCAGAUUGAGAUGAACAAGAAACGAGAAAUAGAGUUCCAGAAGCUCCGUCGUGAUCUUGAAGAGUCCACCCUGCAGCAUGAAGCAACGACUGCAGCUCUGCGCAAGAAACAGGCUGACAGUGUGGCUGAGCUUGGUGAACAGAUCGAUAAUCUCCAACGAGUAAAGCAAAAGCUUGAGAAAGAGAAGAAUGAAUACAAAAUGGAGAUUGACGAUUUGGCGAGCAACAUGGAAGCCUUGGCAAAAGCCAAGGUUAACCUGGAAAAGAUGUGUCGCAGUCUUGAAGACCAGCUUACUGAGGUGAAAACCAAGAAUGAAGAGCAUACAAGGCAGAUCCAUGAUCUCUGUGCACAGAAAGCUCGGCUUCAGAGUGAAAACGGAGAGUUUUCUCGUCAAGCUGAAGAAAAGGAAAGCCUUAUUUCACAGCUUACAAGGGGAAAACAAGGUUUCACUCAGCAGCUUGAUGAGUUGAAGAGACAACUUGAAGAAGAGACAAAGGCGAAGAAUGCCCUGGCCCAUGCUUUGCAGUCAGCACGUCAUGACUGUGACCUCCUGAGGGAGCAGUUUGAAGAGGAACUGGAGGCCAAAGCAGAGCUGCAGCGUGGAAUGUCCAAGGCAAACAGUGAGUUAGCUCAAUGGAGAACCAAAUAUGAGACUGAUGCCAUCCAGCGCACUGAGGAACUUGAGGAGGCCAAGAAAAAGCUCGCUCAGCGUCUCCAAGAGGCGGAGGAGCAAAUUGAAACCGCAAAUGCAAAGUGUGCUUCCUUAGAGAAAACCAAGCAGAGACUGCAGAGUGAGAUAGAAGACCUCAUGGUGGACGUUACAAAGUCAAACACACUGGCAGCAAACUUGGACAAGAAGCAGAGAAACUUUGACAAGAUACUGGUUGAGUGGAAGCAAAAGUAUGAAGAGUCUCAGGCAGAGUUGGAGGCAGCUCAGAAAGAGUUGCGAGCAUUAAGCAAUGAGCUUUUCAAAAUGAAAAACUCCUAUGAGGAAACCUUGGAUCAUCUUGAAACCCUCAAGCGAGAGAAUAACAACUUGCAGCAGGAGAUCUCAGACCUCACUGAUCAGUUAGGAGAGAGUGGUAAGAGCAUCCAUGAGCUGGAGAAAGCCAGGAAGCAAAUGGAGACUCAGAAAUCUGAGAUGCAAGGAGCACUGGAGGAAGCUGAGGCCUCCCUGGAACAUGAAGAAUCCAAGAUCCUUCGUGUUCACCUGGAGCUGAAUCAGGUGAAAAGUGAGGUUGACAGAAAGCUGGCUGAGAAGGAUGAGGAGAUCGAGCAGCUGAAGAGGAACAGUCAGAGGAUCAUAGACUCCAUGCAGAGCACUUUGGACUCCGAGGUCAGGAGCAGGAAUGAUGCCCUAAGGUUCAAGAAGAAGAUGGAGGGAGAUCUUAAUGAGAUGGAGAUCCAGCUGAGCCAUGCCAAUCGCCAGGCAGCUGAGGCCCAGAAACAACUGAGGAACGUUCAAGGGCAGCUUAAGGAUACCCAACUGCAUCUGGACGAUGCUGUAAGAGGGCAGGAGGACAUGAAGGAACAGGUUGCCCUGGCAGAGCGCAGAACUACCCUAAUGCAGGCUGAGAUUGAAGAACUAAGGGCAGCUCUCGAACAGACUGAGAGAAGCCACAAAGUAGCUGAGCAGGAACUGGUGGAUGCCAGUGAACGAGUAGGACUCCUGCAUUCUCAGAACACCAGCCUUCUAAAUACCAAGAAAAAGCUUGAAGCUGAUGUUUCCCAACUUCAAAGUGAAAUUGAGGAUUUUCUUCAAGAGUCAAGAAAUGCUGAGGAAAAGGCUAAGAAGGCCAUCACUGAUGCUGCCAUGAUGGCAGAGGAGCUAAAGAAGGAGCAGGAUACCUGUGCUCAUCUGGAGAGAAUGAAGAAGAACCUGGAAGCCACAAUUAAGGAUCUACAGCAACGUCUGGAUGAAGCUGAAAGCUUAGCCAUGAAGGGUGGAAAGAAGCAACUCCAGAAACUGGAAACAAAAGUUCGAGAACUGGAGAAUGAACUGGAGGCUGAACAAAGGCAUGGAGCUGAUGCUGUCAAAGCAGUUCGGAAAUAUGAGAGGAGGGUAAAAGAGCUCAGCUACCAGGCUGAAGAAGAAAAGAAAAAUGUGAACAGGCUUCAGGAUCUGGUAGACAAGCUGCAGAUUAAAAUGAAAGCCUACAAGAGACAGGCAGAAGAAGCUGAAGAACAAGCCAACGUAUACCUGACCCGCUGUAGGAAGGUGCAGCAUGAGCUGGAACAGGCUGAAGAAAGGGCAGACAUUGCUGAAUCCCAGGUUAACAAGCUGAGAGCCAGAAGUCGGGACAUGAAAAGAGGGAAGAAGUCA